GGCAGGGAGUGGCCAUUGUGACCCGUGAGGCUUGGAACAGAGCAAAGGCUGCCGGGCUCAGGCCCAGUCAGUGCGGCCUGGUGAGGCGCAGAGAGAGCAGGGAUUCUCGCAGUGCUCGCCGUUGACGCACAUCAUGUCCGACAGGAAGCGGAAGGCCUCCGACUCGGAGGAGCCAGCAUGUGUUCUGUGCGGCCGGGCAGAUGCUGACCCAGUCAUCUGCGGGCGCACAUUUGACCAGAGUGGGAUUCGUGUCCAUGAGUUCUGCUUGAUGUUUGCCCGCAUCGGUUUUGAAGGAAGACCCACACAGCAAGGAACUGUGUGCCUCCCCCUUGCUGCCAUCAGAAGCAAGGUCAAGCAGGCAAACCAGAAGCAAUGCUGUGUUUGUGGGGAGAGGGGAGCCACCACCACAUGCGCAGAGAGCGGCUGUGAACGAAGCUUCCAUCUGCCCUGCGCUGUGGACGGGGAAUGCGUCACCCAGUUCUACGGGCGGUACAGGUCCUUCUGCUCAGAGCACCGCCCUCAACAGGCAAUUCAGGAAGCUCCACCAGAAGACACCAACUGCCUCAUCUGCAUGGAGACUGUGGGGGACAGAUUGUCCUACCACACCCUGGUGUGCCCAGCAUGCACACACACCUGGUUCCACCGGGGCUGCAUCCAGCAACAAGCCACGAAUGCUGGCAUUCUGUGCUUCCAGUGCCCCAGCUGCAGAAACAAAUUUCAGUUCAUUAUGGAAAUGUUCACCAUGGGGAUCCAAAUCCCAGCCAGAAGACCAUCAUGGGAGGACAAUGGUGCAUAUGCAUCGCUUCUACAAAGGCACCAGCGCUGCGAUGCCAGCACGUGCUCUUACCCUGGAGGCAGAGAGCAGGCAGAACAAGAGGGGCCCUGGCAGCUCAUCCUGUGCAGCUCCUGUGCUGCGGAGGGCACCCACCGACAGUGCUCCUACUUGAGCAACAGCACAGACUCCUGGGAGUGCAACAGCUGUGCCAGCCUGGCGACCGCCUCCCGCGACAACACUGAGCUUGCUGGUCCCAGCACUGCCGGUCAGAGGGGUCUGGAGCCAUCCAACGGCUCCUUGGAACCUGACAACUUCAGCUCCAGGCCCGCCAGCCAGGCAGCAUCGGGGCCACCACACGGUUCCCAGCUCCCUGAGCACAGCGACCAGCCAAGUGAGCGUGGGACAGAGCAGAGGACAAAUUGCCCACGUUCUCAUGACAAUCAGGCGUCCUCUGAGCAGCGCCGGGGACGCCGUGGGAGCGGACGCCGUGGGAGUAGACGCCGUGGGAGCGGAUGCCGUGGGAGCAGACGCCGUGGGAGCAGACGCCGUGGGAGCAGACGAGCAGCAGCCCCAAGGGCUCAGAGCAGCUCCCGCACAUCCACCAGACGGAGGACACCAGGGUCCUCCAGGGCGUCUCCGGCAGCUACACGCAGAAGGCGUCCCAGGCAGCAGGGAAGAAGCCGGACACGAAGCCGCUCCCCGCUGCAAGGUCGGGCCCCACGUUCCCAGUCCCGGCCAAGACGACGCCAUGGCAGCAGGCAAAGGCCAGCCCGACGUUAUCAGAGAAGGACCCGGAGCUCAGCGAGAUCUGCAACAUCGAGGUCCUCCAGGGCUUCCUCAGUGCCUCAACGCAGGGGACGGUCCACGCAGUGAGGGCAGGCCCUCACACAAAGGCACUCCCCGCACAGACGUCCGGCUUCGAAUUCCCACAGCUCACGCCGAAGAGGCAGCAGGAGCCGGUCCCAACACCACACGCCGUCCCGGGAAUGAAGCUGCUCCCACGUCCAACGUCAAAGCCAAAAUCCCCGCUGCCAGCCCCCAAGUCUGCACAGGAGCUGCCAUGUGCCAGUCCCACCUGCUUGCACUGCUCCCAAGAGGCCAAUACAAUAAAGCCGGGAGAUCCCCCACACACUUUUGUCAGCUUCACUCUUCCCUGCUUUUGCCGAGGUGGGCAGAGGCAGAGACCUUGACAACAGGGCUGUCUCCUCCCCAGCACCUUCACAGCCCUCACUUCACAUGGCCCAGUCCAGGAUGAGCUGGA